AUUACCUACAGUAUUUUUCUGUCCGUAUUGUGUUUUGGUUGUGUUUUUAUAUAAUUUGUGUUGUAAAUUAUUUUCGUGACCGCUGUGUUGUGCUACUUUUCUAAUGUUAUUUAAGUGUUAAGAACAUCCAAUAUGCCGGUGUUUCACACAAAGAUUAUCGAGAGCAUUUUAGAGCCAGUGGCUCAACAGGUUUCCCGGCUGGUGAUCCUCCACGAAGAAGCUGAAGAUGGCAACGCUAUGCCAGACCUGGCGCGCCCCGUGCAGGCGGUGUCGCUGGCUGUCAAUAACUUAGUGAAGGUUGGACAUGAAACGAUAGAGUCCUCCGACGAUGCGGUCCUACGCGCGGACAUGCCGGGAGCCCUGCGGAGGGUGGAGGGUGCAGCCACCUUACUGCAACAGGCCUCCGAUAUGCUAAGGGCUGACCCGUAUUCCGGACCUGCCAGAAAAAAGCUGAUCGAAGGUUCCCGUGGGAUCCUCCAGGGUACGUCAGCCUUGCUGCUCUGUUUCGACGAGUCGGAAGUCAGAAAGAUUGUCAAAGAAUGCAAAAAGGUGCUGGAUUAUCUAGGUGUAGCCGAAGUCAUAGACACGAUGGAAGAUUUAGUCCAAUUCUUGAGAGACAUCUCUCCUGCUCUGUCAAAGGCCGCAAGAGAGGUGGCGGCGCGCGCGGCCGAGCUCACGCACCCGCCGCACGCGGACACGCUGGCGCGCUGCCUGGACGGCGUCAAGCGCCUGGCGCCCGUGCUCAUCUGCGCCAUGAAGAUAUACAUCCACAUCCUGGCCGAGGGUGGCAAGGGAAUCGAAGACGCCGCCGAAAACAGAAACUAUUUAGCGCAGAGGAUGGCUGACGAGAUACAUGAAAUUAUUCGAGUGCUCCAGUUGACGUCGUACGUGGAAGACGGCGGUGAGAAAGACAACGUGGCGGUGCUCAAAGCGCUGCAGAACAUGAUCCACAACAAGACGGGCGCUGCGCACGAGUUCCUCAACGACCCAGAAGCUCUCCGCAACAGUUACGGCGAGAGGGCGUUACGAUCGGUGCUGACGUCCGGACAGCGCGCAGCGGAACACCUCGCGCCCGGACAGGCCGACACCUUGAGAAGAACUGUCAGGUCCGGUGGAAUCAAUGCAGAUUUGCUGUGCGAUGAGAGGCAGUAUGGCCACGGCAGAGAACCAAAGGCGCAAAACCUGGCGUCCGAGCUACGCGGUCAAAUCAAUGAAGUGGACAGCGUUGUCAAUGAGGGCGUCCGCGCGGCUGAGAAACAAGGAGGGAAAACUAUUGCGGCCAGGUUGGAGACGGCCCACAAAUGGUUACUGCAUCCAGCUGCCGAUCCUUCCACCAGGAUCGAGGGGCAGAAGGCUAUCAACAGCAUCGUAUCACAGGGACAGAGGAUAGCUGAUAACCUCCAAGGUCGCGAGAAGGCAGAAGUCAUGCAACUGUGCGCGGAAGUACAGAGGCUGGCCGACCAGCUGGCAGAUUUGUGUAUGAGCGGCCAGGGUGAUUCGGAAAAGGCCAGGAAUAUCACAAGGGAUUUAACGGACAAACUGCACGAGCUCAAGCGAAGCAUGGAGCGGGCGGUAGUCAAUCGAGUGGUGGAGGACUUCAUUGACGUUGCGGCUCCUCUGAGACACUUCACCGAUGCGGUCAAUGCUCCCGAAGGAACCCCCGGGCGCGAUGCGAACUUCCAGGACAAGUCGUCCGCGCUGGCCGCGUUCAGCCAGAAGGCGGCGGCCGCGGCCGGCAUGGUGGCCGCCGGAGUCCGCCACAACAAGAAGCUGGCGGACCAGCUCAUCCACAACGCGCAAGAGGUUGAGAAACUUUCUCCUCAAUUGAUCUGCGCUGGCAAAAUCCGUUUGCAUUAUCCGGAUAGUAAGGUGGCGGAGGAGCAUUUCAACAAUCUCAAAAACCAAUACGCGGACGCUGUGCUUCGCUGCAGAGACCUUUGCGACCAGGCCGUGGACCCCUUGGACUUCGUCAGAACUGCUGGCGAAUUGAUGCAAAAGCACACAUACUUAUGUGAAGAUGCAAUCCAUAACAAUGAUUCGCAGAAAAUGGUUGACAAUACCUCCGCCAUCGCCAGAUUAGCGAACCGGGUGCUACUGGUCGGCGGCCUGGAGCGAGAGAACACGGAGGACGGGGAGUUCGCCGCCGCCAUCGGCGCUGCGCAGCAACGGCUGCAGGCGGCCAUCGCGCCCGCCGUGCGCGCCGCCAAGCGGGUGGCGCUCAACGACCGCGCCGCCGUGCCCGUCUGGCGCGCGGCCAACAGCGACAUAAUCAAAGCUGCAAGCGGUGUGGAAGAAGCCCUGUCUCGCCAGUACGCCCCGCCGCCGCCGCCGCCAGCCUUGCCCGAAGCCCUCACCUCGAUGCACAUCCAGCCGCAGAACGCGCCGCCCAGGCCUCCGCCCCCCACCCUCAGUGCGCCCCCGCGCCCUCCGCCCCCCGACACCGAUGACGAGGGGGAGGAUAUCUUCCGGAGGCAGCCCCACCCCAGCCAGCCUAUACUGGUCGCUGCGCACAAUUUACACAAGGCUGUUCGCGAAUGGUCCUCCAAGGACAACGAGAUCAUUGCUGCGGCGAAGCGUAUGGCGAUACUCAUGGCCCGGCUCUCAGAUCUUGUGCGUUCUGACUCUAAAGAAGUCGCUAUGAACCUCAGCGGCAGCAAGCGUGAGCUGAUAGCGACUGCUAAGGCGAUCGCCGAGGCCUCUGAGGAAGUCACCCGUCUUGCCAAGAAGCUCGCCCUUGAGUGUACAGACAAGAGGAUAAGAACUAAUCUGCUGCAAGUGUGCGAAAGGAUUCCAACCAUCGGCACUCAACUCAAGAUUCUGUCUACCGUCAAGGCAACUAUGCUGGGUGCACAAGGUAGCGAAGAAGAUCAAGAGGCGACCGAGAUGUUGGUCGGCAACGCGCAAAACUUGAUGCAGAGCGUGAAAGAAACCGUCAAGGCUGCCGAAGGAGCCUCCAUCAAGAUCCGUUCGGAGCAAGGCGCGUACCGUCUACGUUGGGUACGCCGCUCGCCGUGGUACCAGAUCUAAAGCGGAACAAUCUCACAAACAUACAUGUACACACCCUUUUACCACAUGUGACCUUGAAUGUACUUGCUUUUACUAUUCAACGGUCUUCCAAUCAGGAAUAACAAAUUGGAGUUUCUGAAACACGUACAGAUACACAUAACAGAUCAUCCAGGGUAAUAUAGAAGGACAUGAGAAAAAACACAUCCUGGCUUAAAUACCAGCGCUAGUUUGGUUUUAUUAAACUGUCUAGAUUCAAAGCUUUGCAUGGAAAUGAAAGAUUUUAAACUAAGAUCGUGGUCACGACGGGACCACGAUCCGUGCAACUGAGUCGAAAUAUCGACAAAUCCAAAAUAUUACCGUGCUAUGUACCCGUUGAACUAUUGCAUGAAAAGUUCAUGCAGACAUAUUUAACGCAGAUCUUCGUAAGACACUUAAGAAGAUGAUUAUUUGAUUUCACUAUGUCUUGUUUAGUUUUUUUUCCAUUCUAGAAAUUUUAUAAUGCAUAUAAAAGUGUCAGAACAGACAGGAUCAAUGAGAGCAAUCGAGGGCCUGAACGCUUUUCCACUGAGCUACGGCUCUCCUGCCAAAAUUAGUGCCUGCCGUGCCUUUUAUAUCAGUUUUAUAGCGACUGUAGCGCCAUCUAGUGGAAUCCCAAUGCAUUUUUGAUCUACUUUUCAAAUGCUAGUAAUGUUUCAUUUGCAUAUUUUAAUGUUUAUGUCACUCUUUCUUUACGUCAAAGCCUUACAUUCUAUUGCCAACUCAAUAUGUUUUUCUUGUUCUUCUGGAUGUCUUCUUCAUACAUGAAGACAGGUAAUCAUGGGUGGGUUUAAAUGCACAACGCACUUAUAAAGAUUUAACUACAAACAUCAAAGCUUCGUUAAUUGUAAUCAAUUAAUUUAUCCAAUUGCUAUUGCGUUGUGCUCUAAGAUUGAAAUCGUUAGAUGUGCUAAUGUAUUUGAUAACGAACUCACAAAUAUAGCGAUUUGGAUUUUAUCAUAUACACUAUAGUUAUAUAUAUUAUUAAA